CACAGAGCCCCUUCCACCCCCUUUUCCUUCACGAGGCACGUGAGGCAUUGUCGCUCCCCUCUCUUUUCCCACCUGUCCUGCCCCUCAUUGUGCCCCGGCCACCAGCCGAGCCUUGUCCCGCCGGGCUCUCUCGGGCAGACAUGCCCUACCUGUACCAGGACUCGAAGCCGCGGCCGCCUGCGCAUCCCGGGGCCGCCCGCGCCACCCACAGCUCGGGCAAGGGCUACGAGCAGCUGAGGCAGGAGUGCCUGCGCAGGGGAAUCCUCUUCGAGGACUCCGACUUCCCCGCCUGCAACUCGUCUCUCUUCUUCAGCGAAAACCCACCCAUUCCCUUCGUCUGGAAGAGGCCCGGGGACAUUGUCAAAGACCCCAAGUUUAUCCUUGGAGGAGCCACCAGAACUGACAUUUGUCAAGGGGAUCUUGGUGACUGCUGGCUAUUAGCAGCCAUAGCUUCUCUCACACUGAAUGAAAAAGCACUAGCAAGAGUGGUGCCACUGGAUCAAAAUUUUGGGCCAGAUUAUGCUGGAAUAUUUCACUUCCAGUUUUGGCAGCACAACGAGUGGCUGGAUGUCGUGAUUGAUGACCGAUUACCCACCUUCAAGGACCGGCUGGUUUUCUUGCACUCAGCUGAACUCAAUGAAUUUUGGAGUGCCUUACUGGAGAAAGCCUAUGCCAAGUUGAAUGGCAGCUACGAGUCUCUGAAGGGUGGCAGUACGAUAGAGGCCAUGGAGGAUUUCACUGGGGGUAUAGGAGAAAUGUAUGAUGUUAAGGCAGCUCCUGACAAUUUCUAUGAAAUCCUAGAAAAAGCCCUGAAAAGAUGCUCAAUGGUGGGCUGCUCUAUUGAUACCAGCAGUGCUGCCGAGUCGGAAGCCCGAACCCCAUUUGGCCUUGUGAAAGGCCAUGCGUACUCUGUGACUGGCAUUGAGGAGGUGAGUUAUAGGGGCCAGCAAGUGAAGCUCAUAAGGAUAAGGAACCCGUGGGGACAAGUGGAGUGGAAUGGCCCUUGGAGUGACAACUCUGCAGAGUGGCACUCAGUCAGCCCAUUGGAGCAGAGACGCCUGUCUCAGGCAGCACAGGAUGAUGGAGAGUUCUGGAUGAAAUUUGAAGACUUCAAAGUGCAUUUUGACAAAGUUGAGAUCUGCAACCUGACUCCAGAUGCCCUGGGAGACAGCACUGCCCACAAAUGGGAAGUGACCAUCCACCAGGGAAGCUGGGUCCGCGGAGCCACCGCAGGAGGAUGUAGAAAUUUCCUAGAGACUUUCUGGACAAAUCCACAAAUCAAGCUGCACUUGACAGAGAAGGACGAUGGACAAGAUGAGUGCACAUUCAUAGCAGCACUGAUGCAAAAGGAUCGCCGUAAACUCAAGAAGCUUGGAGCUGAAAUGCUGACCAUUGGCUACUCUAUUUAUGAGAGCCCUGGCAGAGAUGGACACUUGGGCAAAGACUUCUUCAGGUACCACCCCUCCAAGGCCAGGAGCAAAACCUACAUCAAUUUAAGGGAAGUAUCCCAUCGAUUCAAGCUGCCCCCAGGUGAUUACAUCCUGAUUCCCACCACAUUUGAGCCACACCAGGAGGCAGAUUUCUGCCUGAGGAUCUUCUCUGAGAAGAAGGCCAUCACUGAGGAUCUAGAUGAAAAUGUUGCCAUUGAUCUCCCUGAGCCUCUACUCCCAAGCACAGGCCCACAAGAAACUGAGGAAGAAGAGCAGUUCCGAGCACUGUUUGAGCAGAUUUCAGGAAAGGACAUGGAGAUUUCUGCAGAAGAACUUGAAUAUGUUCUGAAUGCUGUAUUAAAAAAAACAAAGAACAUAAAAUUCAAGAACUUAAGUCUCAUUUCAUGCCGAAAUAUCAUUUCUCUUAUGGAUACCAGUGGCAACGGGAAACUGGAAUUCAGUGAGUUCAAAGUUUUCUGGGAAAAAAUGAAGAAAUGGAUAAGUAUCUUUCUUCAAUUUGACUUUGAUAAAUCUGGUUCCAUGUCCUCUUACGAGCUUCGUGGUGCUCUUAAAACUGCAGGAUACCAGCUCAACAAUUACCUGCUGCAACUGAUUGUCCUCCGAUACUCCGAUGAGCAGUUUCAGAUUGAAUUUGAUGAUUUUCUGAACUGCCUAAUACGCCUGGAGAAUGCGAGUCGAGUAUUCCAAGCACUGAGUGCGAAAAACAAGGAGUUCAUUAACCUGAAUAUAGGCGAGUUUAUCAACCUGGCAAUGAACAUCUGAAGAAAUCUGAUUUGGAUGCCAGGAGUUUCUUGCAACUUUGCUGCUGAGACUUUUGCCCCAAGAGCUGAGUUUCCCGUCACAUGCAAACUUCACCA